CGCGCGGCGACUACGAGCCCAGGGGCGGCGCUGAGCCGCGCGGCGGCUACGAGUCACGCGGUGGCUACGAGCCGCGGCGUGGCUUCGGGCCCAGGGGCGGCGGUCCGCGGGGCCGCGGCGGCUACGAGCCCCGCGGUGGCUACAUGCCGCGCGGACGCGGCGGCUUCGAGGGUCGUGGCCGUGGUCGCAGCAGCCACUACGAAGAGGAGCGCGCGCCCUACGCGGACGCACCGCCGGCCAAGCGCGGCCGCUUCGUGGGCGGCGGUGACUGGGGCGGCUACGGCGGAGAGCGUGGCGGCUAUGAUGAGCGCGGCUACGGUGGAGAGCGCGGCUACGGUGGAGAGCGCGGCUAUGGCGGAGAUCGCGGCUACGGAGGAGAUCGCGGCCAUGACGCGGGCGGUCGCGACGAUUCUUACGGAGACGGCCAGCACUACGGCAAUGGCUACGACGACAGAUCGUACGACGCCGGCUACGCAGGCAACGGCUAUUCGAAUGGCUACGGCUACGAGACAGGUGGAGGUUGGCAAUAGUUUGCGUGUCAGCUCGUGGUCAGAGCCGUAGUAGCGUGCACCCGAAGCCGGAGUGGCUGAGGACAGAUGGUGGGGAGGGAGCGGCGGGGCCUUGGCGGCCUGGUGAGGGGUGUCUGGCGACAGGAGGAACGACGGAUGUAGGAAGAAUGAGAGACUGAAAGAGAGGGAAGGAGGACAGAGGAUGGACGGAGCGUGGACGAUAAAGCAGGGCACCGAACAAUGAUGGCCGGCCAUGUGGACGCAUUGGCGCUUAGAGAGCGUGCGGCAGCGUUUCCAGUUCCUUAAGACCGAGUAGUGUUUUACGCAUGGAGUUCAUUAGGGUAUUACUUCACUUGCUUUCAUCGCAUCAUUGUCGUGUGUUAAUGUCUUUUGUCAUUGAUUUUGGAAGCGCUGGAGCGGACUGUUGAGCGUUCCUUCGCGCCGUGCUCUUGAUGAUGACAGAGCAGCCCUGGUGUAGCGCCUCGUGGUCGUAAGGGGCGGGCGGCAGUCGGUAACGUCUACCGAUGCUGGGGACCGAUCAGUGGCCGCGUGGCCGUAUGGCGUCCUCACGCUGGCGCCGGCAGAUCUGGGCGUGGACAGAGUGAAGAGAUCUCUGUUGAUAAGACAAAUCGUGUUUUCACGCCGCCUUCGGAGGACGCGAUCCCGCACAUACCCCGGUGCGAUUCUCCCAGCGGAGAAGUGCUGUACUUCAGAUGCGUUCGGUCGCCGCAAGUCAUACCUUCAUUGUGUAAUAAAGGUUUCGAAAUCUGCG